UUUUUUUAUUAAUCUUCUGAUUAAUAUUCAACACGGUUCCUCCUUAGUAAAAUAAUCAUUUGGAAGCUUGUAAAUAGUUGAAGAUGAUGGUAACUGAACAAAAUGAGUCAAGUGUCAUUGGAAAGUUGAUGGGCCUGGACGUGGAGCCACGUCGGGUUUAUAGACAGAAUAAAGUAUUUUCUGAGAAAUAUUUACAGAAAUCUGCUUCUAUAGGUUCAUGUGAGAGCAGGUUAAGUAAAAUCAGGCAUAGGAAACUGCCGAAAAUUAACAAGAGUUUAAGAAAUGAUUAUAGUUUUGAUGAGAUAGAGAAUUUGAAGACAAAUGUGAAAAGAACUGAUUAUGCAGAGACUGCGAUUUUGAGACCAAAUUUAGGUAAUGCUAAACGUGGGUCCAUACCGUCGUUUUUACUUGAUUCUCGUACUGUUUUUGGGUGGGAAUAUAAGAAGCAGCUUCUUGAAAGAUCGAAAAGGUCUAAAGUUUGUUUAGAUAUAUGGUCUAGUAAUCGGGAUUGUAAUGUUGGUGAAACACGUUCGAUGGAGGAUCUUGAGUUAAAGCAAAAAGUAGAGUUGGGAACAAAAGUUGUCUAUGACAGUAAUGAAGGAUGGAAAGAUAAAUCUGUCACCUUGUUACCGAUAUUGAAACGUUCGUCUGGCUCCGACAUCGAGUGCAAGAAUAUGUCCAAAGAUGAUUUGACAUCGGGCACUGGGAGAGGAAUUUAUGUGUCUACAAACUCUGAGAAUGUUGCAUUUUCUUGUUCUUCCAGUACUUCGUUUGAACAGGAUUCAACCUGUGAAGAGGGAUUUACGUCCUUAAGUGUUAUGGACAUUGAUGAUGAACUUUUGAGGAACACGGAUGAAGGUUUCCAGCCUAGUCCAAUUUCAGUCUUGGAACCAGACAAUUUCUCAAGCUCUGAAUAUGGGGAUAUUAGCACCGAUCUUGAUGGUUUGUGGAUGAAGCUUCAAGUUCUUGUGUCAGAAUCAGAAGAGAACGAGUCUAAGCCUGAGAUAGUUACAUUGAGUGACGGAGAUUCUACUAAAAUAACUUUUUGUGUUAGUCAAAACAUCAAACAUUCUAGAUGCUUGGGGCCAAAACAAAGCCAACAGUUUUCGUACUUAAGCAAUGUUCUCAAUGAAUUGGGAUUUCAUGGUGGUAAAAUGGAGGUAAGUUUUGAAAGAUUACAUUCCCCAAGACACAUAAUAAACCCUUUGGUCUUUGAGACAUUAGAGAAGAAGUAUCGGAAACAGAAGUCAUGGAAUAGAGCCGAUAGGCAACUCUUGUUUGACCGUAUAAAUAUAGGGUUGUCUGAAAUUGUAGGGUCAAAGCCGUUAAGUAGGAAAAUGUGUACUUUUUUGAGGAGGGAUAUAAUCGAGGACGAAUUGUGGAAUAUGCUACUUAUUGAAGAAAACGAAGUCAAUUAUGAGUUAUCCAGAAAGGCUCUUGGAAAAGAACCAUGGUUAGAGUUGGGCGAUGAAGUGGAUUCUAUCGUUGAAGAGAUUGAAGAAUAUUUGUUCAAUGAGCUUGCAACAGAUUUGGUUGCUGCUUGAAGAUUACUCAUUUUACAUUCUUUAUAUAAAGAUGUACAUGAAAUUUACGGGCGAGUGUUAAAAGUCGAAACAAUCGGGGCCUCAUCCUUUUGAUGAGCCUUGGUGCAGUGAAAUAUAGGGUAUACAGUUUUGAUGAUAGAGAGUGGUUUGCAUGUAUUUUGAAGGGCGUAUACUGUAUAGCAUCCAAUAGUCAUUUUUUUCGCAGAUUUGAAAGAGAAUAAGAUUAAAUUGAUUUUGUAUAGAGUUUGUUGUAAUUGGUGUGCACGUUAGCGCAGAGUUUAUGAGAAUUUGGAACCAUUCCUUCAACUUUCUAUUGUAACUAUAUAUGAUUCACCAAUCCAUGUAAAAUUUCACUUGUCAUAUAGUGAUUGUUUGUUUGUAUCA